CUCAGGAAAUAAACAAAUUGGGGUCCUUCCUUGCGACAAGCUAGCUGUCGAAACGGUGUUACGAGUCACAUUGUUUUACACAACUGUGAUAAAUUGACAAGAGUAAUACCGAUAUAUGACGAUUAGAUAGCCAGGGGAAUGUUUAAAUAAUCCAAGUUUAUUUCGGUUUGGUCUUUUUCUCCCUAACUGGCCGGCAGUUUGUUUUCAAACCGUCGAAAGGGUGUUUUUUUACGUCCUCCGUCAACAGCAGCGACGUUAGCGUUAGCAUUCAAGCUAACGUUGUAAAACCCACGUAAUUCUGAUAUUUAACCGAUUAAAAAGGAGGGAGGCGUUGAUGAGCAGCAAUGUCUGGCAUCGCGCUUAGCAGACUGUCACAGGAGCGCAAAGCCUGGAGAAAGGACCAUCCGUUUGGUUUCGUUGCGGUGCCCACUAAGAACCCUGAUGGAACCAUGAACCUGAUGAACUGGGAGUGUGCCAUUCCAGGGAAGAAAGGAACCUUGUGGGAGGGAGGACUCUAUAAACUCAGAAUGCUGUUCAAAGAUGACUACCCUUCCUCACCGCCCAAAUGCAAGUUUGAGCCGCCAAUAUUCCACCCGAAUGUCUACCCAUCCGGCACCGUGUGUCUGUCCAUCCUGGAGGAGGACAAAGACUGGAGGCCUGCCAUCACCAUCAAACAGAUCCUGUUGGGGAUCCAGGAGCUGCUGAACGAGCCCAACAUCCAAGACCCAGCACAAGCAGAGGCAUACACAAUUUACUGUCAGAACAGGAUGGACUACGAGAAGAGGGUAAGGGCACAGGCCAAGAAGUUCGCCCCCAUAUAGAGAGGAGCGCCGGCCUCCAGCCGCCCGAGCAGCCUGAUCUGAAGGAGGUGACACACCUGACGGACCACUCCAAUCAGAAUUCAGUUUUGAGUAUUCUCACAUUAUGACAAAGGUGACAAGAGCCUGUUAUUUCUCCUCUUUUUUUUCUCUUUUUAAACACGCAGUCAUAAUUUUACCUUCUUCAAUAAAUAUGUAUGCAUUUUUGAGGCCUCGCUGACGGUCCUCUGCUGUCAUCACAUGACGUUUGUUAUUUGUAUCUCUUGUAUAAUCUCCAGUUUCAUCAUGAGCGCUGUAAAGCCCGCUCAUGCAUCCAUUAAUUCUAUAAAGUCAUAAUCAUAAUGUCGACAGAGCUGUAGAAAUGUCCAAACUACUGUGUGUAGUUCACUCGCUCGUGGCAGAGGAGAUUUUCUUUUAUUGUUCAACUUCCAGUUUUUUUCUUUACUUUUAAUAUCAAACCCCCAAGUAUUGUAGAUAGUGUUUCAUGAUUACGGGCAGGAACUGGGACAAAGGAGCCAGACGAACAAUGGAAGUCAAUCCUCCCUUUGUUCUUCUGAUCCCUUGUCUCGUUCCUAUCACAUAUCCAUCACCUGAGUUUCCGGAAAAGCAUAAAAAGAAUACAAAGUCAGGUAAACGACAAUCCUGGCACUUGGUUGUAAGCUAAACCGUGGCGAUUGUGUUGUCGGGGAGUGGCGCUCUGUCCACCUCAGAGAAGGGAAGUGUUACAGGAGGAUGCAGCUACGAUUAUUAUAGUAGUAUUGCUCAUUCAACACCAGUUUGUCAUCUGCCCCCCAAACUGCUUUAUUAUGAGAUAGAGAGAAAGCUGCUUUGUCAAAGUAACAGCAAUUGUCACACUGUGUUCAUUUUGGCGCUCCCAUCAGUUACAAAAGGCGUCACUUUUAGUUAAUUUCUCCCACAAAAUCAAAUACAAACUUGUAAGAAACAUGAAAGGUGUUAAAUCUACGAGUGGAUCAGGCGCCAGAAGCUGAAGGAUCCUCAUGGGAAGGGCCUCUCAACCAGCAAAAGUCGACAAGGAAGUGAAGUGGACUUGAGAGUAAGCGAAAAAGCCUGAGAAUUGUUUUGCCUCUAAAUAUUUGAGUGCAUGUAUAUAAUAUAAAUACUGAAAAAAAUUGUGGAAGUAAUGUUUUAUAUUGUUUAGCCAGUUGACAUUUGUGUGUGGUAUUAUGACAAAGAACACAAUAAAUGGCAUAAAAUUGUGAAAUAAAGAAUAAAAGAAAAACAAUUGUUUGAAUUUC